AUGAAUGCCUCAGAGAGCCAUUGGGAACCCCUAGCUGAAAUUUACAUGUCGCAUCCUCUGGUGAAAGAUAAUAAAAACAGCAUUUAUUGCCUGUGCAGUCGAGUCUUCAUCAAGAACUACUAUGAUGUUUACGUAUCCACCCUGGAACGUGGUGAUUCCGUGCCAUUGAAUUCCUCGUCAAUGGAUCCUGUAGCGAGUACUGAACAGAAAAAUGCCUCUCCAACAGCAAUAAAGGCAGUGCAAGUGAAAGAGACAGCGUUAGGGAUUCGCGAGCCAUGUACUGAGCAAGCUUUGCCAAAAUGUGGGGAAGAGAUUUUAGAUAUAUUAGAUCGAGCAGAGGUGGAUGAUGUAUUCAUCGAAGAACCUUUAGUUAAACAAUUGAGCUUUGGGCGGGAUGGCUCGCGUAAGAUGGCUUCCAAGUGGGGUGAUCGAGAUACUGGGACUACCAGUGAUGUUAGUUGCUAUUUUAGCGCUAGUGCAAGCCAUUCCGAUACUAAUUAUUGCAGUACGGAUGAACACGAGCAUGUAUUUCACACUCCAGCGGGAGGAUCUCAAAAUAUGGCGGUAUUGGCCAACUGUAGCUCUACCAGAAAUUUCACAUCAUCUGGAUUGCAAUCUAGCGAUAGUGGAGCGGACUUAUCAGAACGGGUUCAUGAGCGUAAGCUAUCGUUGAAAGAUGAAUUACUGGAAAGCAGCCGGAGAACUGUAGACAACGAACAUCCGCUGGAAACUGUGCCAACAGUUGGAUCAUCUUUGGCAUCAAUGGAGCGAAACAAUAGCCUUCCAGAAGCAUUCGGUCGGGAAGAUUUGCACGAGGCAUGGGAAGCAUACUGGAAUAAGCAUGGCGAAGCUAUUAUAUGGGCAUCAUGGAUUGAAAAAUAUAGUGAUUAUAUUAAUCCGGAGUACUUGGAUUCUGGUGAACAAGGACAAGCUACUGGCACUAACACACCACACGACAAAAGUGAAGCUACUCCCGGGACAGCAACUGAAGUGGAUAAAGAUUUUUCAUUCGAUAACGAUGCAAUAACCGCAACCGCAAGUAUGGAAAUAGUGGUAUCAGCUUGUUCGCCCCAUCCUUACACAAAAUCAACUUACCAGGCCUCAAAUUGGCCUUUACCAUUCAGCAGCGGAGGAGAUGAUUUUCUUUGGAACACUCACCGUUCUGGUAGUUGUGAGAAUGAGGCUCUACUUAGUCCCCGAUGUGAUUCUGUUACGUCAAGCAUACCGCUUACUAUAGGCACAACAGAUUCUAUGACCAAUGUCACCCGAAUGACAAUUUCUAGCUACGAUUUUUGCAGUUCCAAAGUAAGCUCGGAAAGCUCAAACCUCAGCGAAUGUCUCAGCUCAGAAGUUUCAAAUGAGAGUUCGAACAGCUCUGAUAUGCUCGAAACAGAGUAUUUGGUCGGAGUGGAUCGCACCGGAGAGGCCCCUGUACCACAGGACGAAGAAGCUGCGAUGGAUGGUGAGCAGUAUUGGCAAAUUCUUUGGCAGCAGCAUUUUCAAGAACUGUACGCAAAACAGUACCAUCACUUUAUGGCCGACCAUUCUCAUGAAUUGCUUCCUGGUGUAUGUGCCGAACACAGCGCAGGAAUUAAGUACGAUAAACGCAAACGUAACAGUAGUAACGGGUCUUGUAAAACCAGCACCAAAUCGUUCCAACGUCGAGAAGAACAACAAUUACCAGAAAUGGUGGCAGAGAUGCGCUUAAAUGGAGAAACAGGCAGUGAAAAAACCUACAAGCCGAACGAUGGAGAUGACAAAGCUGGUGAAAAAUGUUCCACAGAAUGUAAGAAAUCAGAUUCACUCACAACCGAAGAUUUAUCAGUCAUGCUGCAAUCGUAUGGAUUACCUACGUCAUUUGGAAAACCAUCACGGUCUCUCACAGGAGAUGGAGAAGAUCGUCCUCCGAAUGAAAAACCAAUCAAUCUUAAACGUAGCCAUGAGAGUGACAAUGAAGAAACACCAAAAGAACGUUUAAAAGCUGCUUUUGAACUGAUGGGUUAUUGUUUUUCCGAUCCGGCUAAUGAAACUGAAUCUAUAAUUAAUAUCUCCGGUGAGGUGGUCUACCGUAAGAAACACAUUCGCCUGCAUAAUCGAGUGUUAAAAAUGAAGCAUCAUAAACCUAAGCAUACCUAUUUCGAUGACGACGGAAACGAGUUUUCGCUCGCCAGCGCAAAUGAUAAAACAGAUACAGAAGCACUUUUACUCCAUUCGUCCUCCGAUGAUGAUGAAGCUAACCCGGGAGCUCUUGGCAGAGCAAGUGUACGUUCCAGCACAAUAUUAGAAUAUAAUCUACAACAGGCAAUCGGAAAAGAUGUAGAAUUAAAUGAUAAAGAAUCUGCGGAAAGGAUCGAGGCCACUGCAGAACCGUCAUUUCUUGCGUCUAGUGGAAGUGGAUGCACUAUGCCAAACUCUAUAAAAAAAGAAAAGAAAAAAAAACGCAAAACGAAGUUCGUUGCAAGUCUGCCUUUAGACAUUGCCAACGACAGAUCAUUGCUGAAGUACUGGUAUAAGAGAUUUUCUUUAUUCUCGCUUUUCGACUCGGGUAUCAGGCUCGACCGUGAGUCAUGGUUUUCCGUUACACCGGAAAAAGUAGCGGCCCAUACUGCAGAACGCUGUCGCUCCGACGUGGUAGUCGAUGCGUUUUGUGGAUGUGGUGGCAAUUCAAUACAAUUUGCUUUUAGCUGUCACAAAGUGAUCGCUAUAGAUAUCGAUCCACGAAAAAUAGAAAUGGCCAGACACAAUGCCACGGUUUAUGGAGUGGCAGAUCGGAUAGAGUUCAUUAUUGGAGACUUCAUGCAGGUCGCUGAUCGACUGAGGGCAGAUGUAAUUUUUCUCUCGCCGCCAUGGGGAGGUCCGGGUUACCUGAAAAAUGAAGUGUACGACAUAGAGCAAUCGUUACUGCCUGUCCCAGCUACGCAAUUAAUGGAAACUGCGCAACGUGUAAGCAAAAAUGUAGCUCUCUAUUUGCCUCGCAAUUCAAAUACACAGCAACUGACGAUGCUGGCGGGACCUAAUGGGGCUGUCGAAAUUGAGCAAAAUUUUCUCGAUCGUAAACUCAUUGCUCUAACUGCUUACUACGGAGAAUUGAUAAACGAAUAGAACAUAAAGUUCUCUUCUGUUCAACUUGUUCGAAGCCUCAUGUAGAAACGUCAUGACCAACAGGCAGUGAAUCGUUAGCAGUUGCAUAGGGUACAUCGAAAUUGCAUUCCGACAAGUUGAAUCCUAUACUUAAUGUUCAAUUUCGAUUUGAGCAACAAGUAAAACACUACCGCAACACGCACAAAUUCAAAUCAUCUCUAAAUAGUAUGAUAGCAGUCCGUUAAAGGUUAAAUCGUCGAUAUGAGUUUAUUUAAUAAUCAUUUAAGUAACUGUAAAACAUUCGUCGUAGCCUAUCUAGAUAACUUGAACUCCAUUGUUCAAUACGGUAUAUUUACUAAAAUUCCCGCAAGUGUGUUGAUUUUAAUGGUAUUUGUAAAAGUUGCGGUCUUUUGUCCGCAUUUCAGCAUUUUAGCUCAUUUUUAGGACAAUCCUGCAAGUGAAUUAUAGAACAAACUAAUAUCUACAUAGUAAAUAAAAUGGUUUUUUGCUCUUUGUUCUUCUUCA